AUGGGUUACCAUGUUUACUUACUUUCUUGUCUACCCUGGAAGGUCAGGAGGGAAACACUCGGUAUCAAACUAAGGUAUCCAAGUACUAGGCCAGGGUUAUCUGGGUCCCGCUGUCGAUUCGAUGUUCUGGAGGGAAGAGGAGGGGGGAAUAGACAGUGUGGAAGAUUGGAGCUAGCAACCCCAGGACAAAGUUACCCAAGACCCAAGGUUUCCCAUCCUACUGAACCGUCUUCCGGUCAAGAUGGCUUGGGGGAAGAGGGGAACACCGAUCCCCACCCUGUCCGCUUGUGCCUUAGAACACUGAAAGUCAAUGAUGAUGCUGGAGGAGACAGUAGUCCGCCAUAUAACAUUUUGGAUAAAAACCACGACUGGAGACAAUUGAACGGCGCUCCAAAGGAGUCAGAGCUGAGGCGGAUCACAGCAGGGUCACGCCAAUACAACAAGCAGUGUCUACGUAUGAGAUAUCCUGUACGACCGUGA